AUGAACCUGCAGACCUCGGGUCUCGACCUUGAAUACCAGAGCUUGCUUCCGAUCGAUUGGCAAUUUCAACUGCAACAAGCGCAGCAGCAACAGCAGUAUGUUCAGCAGAGCAAUGCGCUGCACUUGAAUGCGUUCGAUCAGGCAACCUUCGGUGGCCAUCUGCAGACUUCGCCAGUGGACUUCAUGCCCGCCAGCGCGGCGGAGAGCUACGCUGCUAUGCUCAACCAGACAGCCACAGAGUCGGUCCACUCGAGCGUACCUGGUGGCUCACCUACCGGCACCGCGUUGGAGGUACAGUCUGUGUCCGACAACGAGUGGUCGCUCGUCAACUUCAAGCCCAACAGACAAUCCAUAGACUCGUUCACAGGUACUGUGUCGAAUCCCAGCCAGAACCUGCACAUCCGGACUAGUUCUGAAGCGUCGGCGUCCGAUGGCCCGAGCUCAGCUGAACUCUCCGGCAGCUAUGAAGAGAUACCGCCGUGGCCGCUUAGCUCACCGCAUGACUUCCACGGCAGUGAGUGGCUCGACGCUCAAUAUGUUCAGCAUGCUCAUGGUCUUCCCACCAGCACCCAGAAGCAGACUUCACCAUCUUCGUCGCUGGCUGUCAGCCCCACAGGAGGCAUGUCCGGUUACCGUUCAUCUGGCUCAUCGUCCAACUCACCCACGUCAUCCGGCCCCUUGUCGCCACCCAUCCGGCGCCGCAAGUCGCCUGUCGAAGGCAAAACCACCAAGGCCGUCAUCAAGAAGGUGCCGACUUCCUCACGCAAGGAUGCCAGUGGCGAGAAGAAGGUUGGCCGAAGAAAGGGUCCCCUCAGACCUGAUCAACGGCAGCAAGCCCACGAGAUCCGCAAACUACGUGCCUGCUUACGAUGCAAGUUCUUGAAGAAGACUUGCGACAAGGGCGAGCCUUGCGGUGGCUGCCGUCCCAGUCAUGCCCGGCUUUGGCAGGUACCGUGCACGCGCAUGGACAUCAAAGACAUCGGCUACUUCAUGAAGGACUGGAAGGCCGACUACGAGCGCCACGUUAGCCUUGGUUUCUCCGUUGGCAACAUAAAGGGCUUUAGUAUGGUGGAACGCACACUUUACAUCACUCACGGUUAUGGUCACUACCUCCCCAUCAACGCCCGCGAGGUUUUCGUGCGCGACGAGAAGUGCUUCGGCGUGGAUUGGUCCGAGUCUGUACCUUCGCAGACCUUCGAGAUCAAUACCGCACGCAUGUCUGCCGGUAUUGAGGGUGUCAGCACUACCUUGCUCUCAGAGUACCUCGAUCGCCACCUUGAGAGCGGCUUCGAAUCAUUCGUGGACGAGUACUUCGACGGCACCAAAUUCGUCACUGAGAUCCUGAAGACGGCCUACCGCUACUACAUGCGCGAAAAGACUCCGUCCGUGCGUAAGGCAUUGAAGCUUGUGCUCGCCUACAACCUCACCAUGUCUGUCACCCUCGUAGAAGGUCUCUCCGAGGAGGAGCAGUUUGGUGGCAAGAUCGAAGCCGAGACGUCUAGGUUCAACGGCAAGACUGCCGCGCCCGUCAUGAUCAACUUCCAAGUCAAAUGCGCACUGGCCGACAUGUGGCGUGAGCUGCAAAAGGACAUCUUGGAGGAGCUAUCGUCGCUGUACAGCUCCGUUUACUCUGGUGAGAAGCUCAAGAACUGGCCUACCAUCUUCAUGCUUGCUGCGAUACUGCUCGCCAUUUGGGAGGAGAUGCAGUUUGACUGCCAUUACCGUGUACCCGACGAGAAGGCGGUCAACAAGUUCUGCGAGGAGAUGGAGAGAACGCCGGUUGGUGUCAUUGUAGGCUUGUUCCAAGCCAUCUCUACCAAGCUGCCGGGCCUACAAGAGUGGGACACCCGGAAGCAUCAUCACCUGCUCGGUUCCAACCCGGCGGUGUGUGAUGCUUUGACCGAAGUUCGUGAACAUGUUGGCAAAUAUGAACAAUAUCUCAAAGAGCGCUCAGCUGCCAAGUUCGACCGCAACGACUUCGACUGCCUGAGCAACAAGUUCUUGAGCAAGCUGGUCAUCCGUGCGAACUAG